AUGAUGAUGAUGAUGAUGAUGAUGAUGAUGAUGAUGGAUGAUGAUGUUGAUGAUGAUGAUGAUGAUGAUGAUGAUGAUGAUGAUGAUGAUGAUGAUCGCAUGAUGAUGUUGAUGAUGAUGAUGAUGAUGAUGAUGAUGAUGAUGAUGAUGAUGAUGAUGUAUGAUUCGGAUGAUGAUGAUGAUGAUGAUGAUGAUGGAUGA